AAGUGAAAAGAAAAGCCGUAUCCAGUAAAGUGAAUGAAUUUUUGUAAACAACACUAAAUUAGUGUUAAAAGAAAAGUUAAAGUAAAUUUAAGUAGAAAAAAAAAGAAAUUUUUCCAAAAAUGUUUCCAUGUAGUAUCUAAGUAAUAGCUGCUUAUACAUCCAUAAAUUUGUUAAUUUUUCAAAGUAAUGGCGAGAGACAGCAGAUAUCGCAGGCGAUCUCGAAGUAGGUCUCGUAGUUCUUCUGGUAGUUUAGACAGGGUUCGCAGAAGGCGAAGUCGAAGCAGGGACCGAAGACCUAGAAGUCGUGAUAGAAGAUCAAGAACACCCGAAAGAUUCAGACGUUCCCGCUCACGAGAGCGUCGAAGGUCUAGAAGUAGGUCAAGAGACAGGGAAAGGGAUCGUAGACGCCGCUCACGUUCUCGUGGCAGGGAUAGAAGGUCUCGAUCACGCGAUCGUCGUGAAAGAAGCCGUAGUCGAGAUAGAAGGGAUCGACGCAGUUCCAGAGAUCGCUCGUCGAAGAAGGAUAAAGAAGAUAAACGGAAAGAAGAUGAGAAAGUUGAAGAUCUUGGCGAGUUAAAAUUUGAAUUAUUGGAUAAGGAGGCACAAAAUAAACAGCUUGAAUUGGAAAUGCAAAAGCGGCGAGAAAGAAUUGAGAAGUGGAGAGCAGAACGUAAAAAGAAAGAGAUUGCCGACGGUGUUGCUAACCCUACUACUAAUAUAGUGUUGCCUUCUGUUAAGAAAUGGACUUUAGAAGAUGAUGAUGAUGAAGAUCUUCCUCCUCCUCCUGUAGAGACUGAAAAACCUGAAAGUGAUGAGAAACCAGAAAAGAAAGAAAUUAAACAAGAGGAACAAGAAAAAAUGGAAGUGCCUGAAGAUGAUGUUGAUCCUUUGGAUGCUUUCAUGCAGGGUAUACAAGAAGAAGUGAAACAGUUAAGACCAGCUAAUCUGAAAAAAGAAGAUGGGGAGGAUAAAGCAGGUGGAAGAGUGACAAUGAUUGUUGGGAUGGCGAAGAAGAAAGAUGCAAAAUCCAAAGGAGAGCUGAUGGAGCAAGACCAAGAUGCCUUAGAGUAUUCCUCUGAAGAGGAAACAGAUGAACUUCAGAAUGCAAUGUCCAAUCUUCAGGGUGGGAAUAAAGCUAAAAAAUUGUUAACUGUUACCAAAGAAGAUGUAACUUACCAGCCAUUCAGAAAAAACUUUUACGUCGAAGUGCCUGAGUUAGCCAAAAUGACUAUGGAAGAAGUUGAAACCUUGAGAGAUGAGCUGGAAGGAAUCAAAGUUAAAGGAAAAGGUUGUCCUAAACCUAUUAAAAAUUGGGCUCAAUGUGGUGUGAGUAAAAAAGUUAUGGAAGUACUAAAAAAACAUAACUAUGAGAAACCGACUCCAAUUCAAGCCCAAGCUAUACCAUGUGUCAUGUCUGGUAGAGAUAUGAUUGGGAUUGCAAAAACAGGUUCUGGUAAAACAUUAGCCUUCUUGUUACCAAUGUUUCGUCAUAUUUUAGAUCAACCUACAUUAGAGUCUGAAGAUGGCCCUAUUGCUGUGAUAAUGACCCCAACAAGAGAAUUAGCUAUGCAAAUCACGAAGGAAUGCAAAAAGUUUGCCAAAGCUCUCUCCUUGAGAGUAGUUUGUGUGUAUGGUGGCACUGGUAUCUCGGAACAAAUAGCAGAGUUGAAAAGAGGAGCUGAAGUUAUAGUUUGUACUCCCGGUCGCAUGAUUGAUAUGCUGGCGGCCAACAGUGGGCGUGUUACGAAUCUGAAACGCUGUACAUAUAUAGUCUUGGAUGAAGCAGAUCGGAUGUUUGAUAUGGGUUUUGAACCUCAGGUUAUGAGAAUAGUAGACAGCACUCGACCCGACAGACAAACGGUUCUGUUUUCAGCAACCUUUCCUCGACAAAUGGAAGCAUUGGCGCGUCGCAUUUUAACGAAGCCAGUUGAGGUGCAAGUGGGUGGUCGCAGCGUCGUUUGCAAAGAGGUUGAGCAACAUGCUGUGGUUAUAGAGGAGGAUGGGAAAUUUUUGAAACUUUUAGAACUUUUAGGAUACUAUCAAGAGCAGGGAAGUGCACUUGUGUUUGUAGAUAAACAAGAAAAUGCUGAUAUGUUGUUAAAGGAUCUCAUUAAAGCCUCUUACAAUUGUAUGGCUCUGCAUGGUGGUAUAGACCAGUUUGAUCGAGACUCAACAAUAUGUGAUUUCAAAGCUGGGAAAAUUAGUGUUUUAAUAGCCACAUCUGUUGCAGCUCGAGGAUUGGAUGUCAAGCAUUUGAUUUUGGUAGUGAAUUAUGAUUGUCCCAAUCAUUAUGAAGAUUAUGUUCACAGAUGUGGGCGCACUGGCCGUGCUGGUAAUAAAGGCUACGCUUACACGUUCUUUACAUCAGAACAAGGCCGCCAUGCUGGAGAUAUUAUUAAGGCAUUAGAGCUCUCACAAGCAACUGUUCCUCCAGAUCUUCAGAAAUUAUGGGAUGAAUAUUGUCUCAAACAAGCUGCAGAAGGUAAAAAGGUGAAAAGUAGUAGCGGUUUCUCUGGGAAAGGUUUUAAAUUCGAUGAAGCUGAAGCUCAGCUUGCAAAUGAAAAGAAAAAAUUCCAAAAAGCUGCUCUAGGUUUGCAAGACUCUGAUGAUGAAGAUGCAGAAGCUGACAUAGAUAAAGAAAUCGAAACCUUGCUUGCCCCUAAGAAACGAGUGCAGGAGAUAACGAUAUUGCCCACUGGUGCUACAGGUCUUGCUGGAGGAAUUGCCAGUGCUGAGAAACUGGAACUGGCUAAAAAGUUGGCUUCUCGUAUUAGUUUACAAAGAAAUAUUGGAGCUGAAGCUCAGCAAGCUGCAGAAGCUGUAUUGAAGGGACAUUUAGGAGCUACUCCCGUCAUAACUCCUGCAUUACAAGCUAAAACUCUGGCAGAGCAAAGAGCUGAGAAACUACAUGCAAAACUCAACUACCAACCUAAAGCAGACGAGGAGGAUAAAGAAGAUGAACCUGCUGUAGAGACCUUCCGAAAGUACGAAGAAGAAUUGGAAAUUAACGACUUUCCCCAGCAAGCCAGGUGGAAAGUUACAUCUAAAGAAGCUCUUGCCCAGAUUAGUGAAUACUCUGAAGCUGGUAUUACAGUUAGGGGAACUUAUUAUCCAAAUGGAAAAGAACCAAAGGAAGGGGAUCGUAAGCUGUAUUUAGCUAUUGAAAGUACAAAUGAAUUAGCUGUAUCUAAAGCCAGGGCUGAGUUUAUUAGGCUAAUUAAAGAAGAACUUGUAAAAAUGCAACAUUCGUAUCAACCCAUCAACAGAGGGCGCUAUAAAGUUCUGUAAAGUUAUUCAUCAAUGUUUUAUUUGUAUAAAUCAUUAAAAUAAAAUCAUACUAACUCUUUUAA